AAGUGCCCGGACUGGAAGGGGGGGAAAGUGUCCGGACUGGAAGGGGUGAAAGUGUCCGGACUGGAAGGGGGGUUAAAGUGUCCGGACUGGAAGGGGGUGAAAGCGUCCGGACUGGAAGGGGGUGAAAGUGUUCGGACUGGAAAGGGGGGGGAAAGCGUCCGGACUGGAAGGGGGGAAAGUGUCCGGACUGGAAGGGGGUGAAAGUGUCCGGACUGGAAGGGGGGGGGAAAGCAUCCGGACUGGAAGGGGGUGAAAGUGUCCAGACU